AGUUAUACUAUGCUUAUAUUGUAAAUAUUACAAACAUUAUAGUGACAUUUACUAUAAAAAAGAUAUUCCUAACUAUAAUCUUUUUAUUAUGCCAUUAUGGUUCCAAAUAUCAUACAUUUUUCUCUCAGUGUAGAAUAACCGUCAUAAAAAUAGCAAUUAUUAUGAAAGACAUAUCUUCUAAAUGUCGAGUAAUUUUUAAACUAGAAUUAUGCAAUCUUCCUUUUUAUAACAAAUGUUUUUCGUUCGGUUUGACGAAUUCCACCUGCACAUGAGUAGGCAUACUCGUCCAACACGCUGUAAAUACGAGUUAUUCUUUAUUGGACGUGUAGAAGAAAACUUAUAAAAGGAAGAAAUAAGGGUAUAUAUUACGAAGUAAGCAAGAACGUCAGAAAGAAAAUGAUUAGUAUCAAUAUACUUUUUGUUACUUUAGAGCUAUAUAUUAUAGUUGUUUUUUGUUAUUGUUACUGUUACACUAUUAAUCAUAUUGUUUACAUAAUUUUACAAAUAUUUUAUAUACUCUGUACAAAUAUUUUACAACCUUAAAAUAUAUCUAAAUAUUUUCAAAUAUGUACAAAACUUGGCUGAUAAUCUAAUUAACGUGACUAUAUAUUUAAGAUGUCUCAUAAUAUAUUCAACAAAAAAUAAUAUUUGAAGUAAAUAAUCUAAUUAACGUGACUAUAUAUUUAAGGUGUCUCAUAAUAUAUUCAACAAAAAAUAAUAUUUGAAGUAAAUAAAAUGGAAAAAGAGAGAACACGAGAAAGUAAACAUUAAAGCUUGACAAAUGUUAUAAUCACUAGAAGAUUUUAAAAAAUUGUUGCAAUUGUUGCCGUCAAUAUAUAUGUAUAUUGUAAAUUGCAUUAAUUAGUUGCAUUUUUAUUUAAGUUUUUCUUUACAUACAUUACUUGAAUAAUUCACGUGAAUAAAAAAAUAUUUAAUGUUAAAAGUACAAAUUUUCCGAGACGAAUAAUUUAUCGAAUAGUUGUUUUGAAUGUAUUACUUUUGUAGAUCACGUGCGCGCAUGCGUUUACUGAUUUCUUAUAUGUAACGAUAUAGUUUAGUUCCUUCACUUUAGUUUUUACAUAUAAAUAUGUCAGAUACCGUUCCGUCGUUAGUUUGAAAAGAUCCGUUGAGAGUGAAAAAAUUACGACAUCCUCAAAUUAUUCUUUCUAAGACAUUACUUAUUUUGGAAAAAUAUUUAUUAGUGCGAAUUUGGCGUAUGCAAUUAAUCACCUUGCAAGAAAAGCUGUAUGCAUUUUGAAACAAUAAGUUACACGGAUAAAUAUUUUUUUGCGGACACAAAGGGAUAAAAAUGAGGUUGAUAUUAUUUCUUGGAGUCGUCCUGAAAUUUAUCGUCCCAAUAGCUGGUGUAAUAUAUGCCAGGAAUAUAAUAAGCAUGUGUUCGAGCAUUUCUGGAAAUUUAAACAUCUCUGAAGUAAUGCCAAUAAAAUAUGAUAUUCAUAUCAGAAUAAAACCACGUCAAAGAGUUUUGUCAGGCUACAUGAAUAUUUUAAUUAAUGUCACGAAACCGAUAAGGAAUAUAAUCUUACAUGCAAAAUCGACAUACGAUUACGAAAUAGAGGAUAAAUGGGAUAGGAUAUCUCUGUCCGGCUUCCAAUUUUGUGAGAGAGAAGAAAUCUUAAUUCUGCAGUUAAACAAAACGCUUGAUAAAGGAAAAUAUAAAUUUCAAUUAGCUUACAGAUCCAUUUUAAAUAAAAAUGUCGAGAAAAUCUUUUAUCCAACUACUUGGACUAGUAAAAAUCAAAAUUGGAUGCUGACGAAUCUCUACACACCAAACGCGAUACGAACAAUAUUUCCUUGCUGGGACGAUCCGAGAAUAGAAGCAACUUACAACAUCACAAUCCAGACUUCUGGAGAUUACGUGGUUCUUUCAAAUAUACCCGAAAAUUCUAUUUUCUAUACACAUGAUUCAUUGCUUAAAGAAGACUUUGGUAGAAGAUUGGCGAUGUACAAAAAAUUUGUCUCGAUGCCUACUCAUUUGAUAGCACUUUUGGUAACCAAUGAUAUUUCGAAAGAUUUUAAAACCAGCGACAUGCAUUAUAUGUGGCGCAAAACAGGCGCAAAUAAGAAAUUCACUUACAUACUAGAAAAGGCAGAAAUGGUGACAUCUUUUUUUACUAAGUAUAUGAGAAUAAACUCGUCGUACUUCUUUCCAAAAAUUAACCACGUCGUACUUCCAAAUAGUCCUAUGAAGUCAAUGGGUGCACCCGGACUUAUUGUUUACAGGGAAAGAGAUGUUACGUACGAUGCACUGUCAGAUUUUCCGGGUCGGCUUGUUGCUGCUACAAUGUUGGUAACAUACGAAAUGGCACGUCAAUUGUUCGUCGGUGUUGUCAGCCCGCAAUUAGGAAAUGAUUAUGUAUGGUUGAACGAAAUAUUCGCAUCAUUCUGCGGCUAUUAUGUCAUGGACAAGAUAUGGACAUCAGAUCGAUUAAUGGAACUGUUUGUAGUUAAAAUUAUCCAGCCCACUCUAAAUAGUGACAUGCUCAUAGAAAGGGAACCUAUUAUAAGUAAGGCUAAGAAUAGUAAUGGAAUUGAUGGAUUACUUUAUCCUCUUCUCUAUCAUAAAAAAGCAUUUGCUCUAAUUCGCAUGCUGUUGCAACUUUACAAUCCCAAUGUCUUCAACGAGGCCAUCAGGAAAUAUGUACACGAACGUACAAACGAUAUCUGGACUGUAUUGGAAGAAGUUUAUCCUCUACGAGAUAGAGGCAGCCGUACGGUAAACCAAAUCAUGAAUACAUGGUUAACGGGAAAACACCACCCCGAGCUGCUCGCUGAACGUAAUUAUAAACAGGAAACUGUGUCUUUUCUUUCAUUGGCUACGUUGCUUGACGAAAAUGAAUGGAUAAUACCUGUCAAUUAUAUCACGGCAUCUACUUUCGAUUUUUACAAUAUCUCGCAUAUUUUUUGGCUUCACUGGAGUAACAUGAAUAAUACCAUAAUAACAAAGUUUGAUGAAUUCUACAAUACUAUGGAUUCUUUCUAUAUAUUUAACGCAGAACAAACAGGUUAUUAUCGUAUUAACUACGACGACAAGAACUGGAGAAUGAUAUCGACUUACAUGGAAGAAAAUGAUAUCGCAAACAUACCUCCGCUUACUCGCGCUCAACUGGUAAAUGAUGCGUAUUAUUUCACAACAAUAAGGGAACUCAAAGGUUCCACUUUCGUCGAAAUCAUUAGACAUCUACAAUGGGACGGAGAUUUUAUAGCAUGGUAUCCUAUGUUUAACAUUUUGACAGAUAUGUCAUCUUACUUUAAAUUCCCUGAGAGUAAUCGUAUUAAGGACCAUUUUCUGAGACUUCUAGGUGGAGUACUUACUAGAAUGGGGUACUACGACUUCAUACGGGAUGAUAAAAUGGAAAAAUCUUUGAGACAUUUAGUACGAAGAUGGGCCUGCAAACUUGGUCACUCGGAGUGUCGAAGUACCGCAUUAAAUCAUCUGAUGAUGUAUAUAAAAUAUGGUGAUGAACUGGGGAGAAUUCCGGCAGAAUUGAAAGAAUGGAUAAUUUGUGAUGGGUUGAAGACAGAAGACUUAAAUGUAUGGAAAAAUAUUUUAAAUAAAACUGUAGAUUAUAAUAGCGAGGUGCUUCUGGGAUAUUUGUCAUGUACUGAAAAUAGUACCAUUAUCGUGCAUUACUUAAGUUUAAUGCUACGAACAAUUUAUUUUUGGAGAACAGAACAAUCUAUGGGACCAAUAUGUCGUAAGAUUGUGAAAAAUCAUAUUGGGAAUAAUGUUGUGUUACGUUUUGUGAUCGAAAAUUAUAAUAUGAUAAUAAGCAGGUUUCCUGAUGAAUUUCCUUCUGCCUCUUUAUUAAGCGAUAUGAUUAUGAAUGUUUACUCGUUAAAGGACCUCGACAUGAUAAGAGUAUUUGCAAACAAAUUAUUUUUUCCGACUACAGAAGGUUUUUCACGUCUUCUGGAAUCAAUCAACCUCUUGAUUAGAUACCGGACGAAAUAUCUAAUAAAGGUGCAGAAUAAGUUUAAAGAAUUUAAUCUAAAAAUCGAAUAAUCGAACUGAAAAUGUUUAAAAGACAUCGACAUUAUAGUUUUCCGGAUCAAAUCAAUAUUCUAUAGAAUGAUGAAAAUAAUCACCAUACAAUUGCAGUUAUUAUUAAGAUAAUCCAAUGACAAACAAUUUUUAAUAUCAAGGAUACUAAAAUGUGGUAUGUGUUACUUGGCUUCCUACUACAUUUAGAUAAAACCUAUAUAUGAUGUAAAAUAAGAUUUAUUCUUUUACUAUUUACAUAAUGGAUGAAAGACGGUUCAUUAGGCAUGUUGAGAAAAAUUUAUUUGAAAUGAGUAGAUAUAUUAAUGAAUAAAUGAGGAUUAUAGUAAAAAAAGAACUGAUACAUACGUGCUUUAUAACUGCAGAAGUAUGUAUAUUGUGUUGAAAUUUUUUUUGUUAUUAUUAUUUAAUAAAUUUUUCUGCAGCA